AUGGUAAAGAUUCAUGAUGAAUUGAUCAGUUGCCUUACUUUAGAGCAAGAGAGAGUUUAUAAGAAUGUUUUGAAUGUUGUUUUAUCUGAUAACGGUGGAUUCUUUUAUCUAUAUGGUUUUGGAGGAACUAGAAAAACAUUUGUUUGGAAUACAUUAUCUGUUACUUUGCAUUCAAGGGGUCUUAUCGUGUUAAAUAUCACAUCCAGCGGAAUUGCAUCUCUAUUGUUACCUAGAGGUAGAACUUCUCAUUCAAGAUUCUUUAUUCCUAUUUCAAUAAAUGAGAUAUCAACCUGUAAUCUUCGUCAAGGCUCCCCAAAGGCUGAAUUAUUGAAAAAAACCAGCUUAACUAUUUGGGAUGAGGCACCUAUAUUAAACAAACAUUGUUUUGAAUCUUUGGACAUAUCUCUAAUUGACAUUAUGAAGACGCAGUCUACCCAUGGUUAUGAUAUUCCAUUCGGAGGAAAAGUUGUGGUACUAGGAGGCGACUUUAGACAAAUACUUCCAGUUAUCUCCAAAAGAAGUCGUUCUGAAAUUGUGGGUUCUCCUAUCAAUUCUUCAUAUCCGUGGAAGCAUUGCAAGGUAAUGAAGUUGACUGUUAAUAUGAGAUUGUAA